AAAAUAAUGCCACAAUUUGUGGCACGAAUCACGACCAUCCCUAUAAAUUCAGUCGCCAUGCCUCAGAUGUUCUCCGCAGCAUCUAGUAGCAGUUAACCAUACCUGUUUUCAUCUCACUCCUCCGUCCUCUCCUGCUUCUCUGUCGUCGACCGCAAAGCAGCAUUGCGAUUGCAAAGCGAGCUAGAAGGCAAGUGUACUUUGUACAGGCUACAGCAUUCCGCUACCAUGGACGCCACGACGGCGGCAGCAAAUGCUAUAGCCCCGAGCACCGACGACGCAGACAACGCUCCGUCUUCGCAGCGGGCGGCAGAGCCAAAGCCGGCGCCUGGGCAGGAGGAGCCGCUGCCAGCGGCUACGGCCGACAUGGCGCCGCCGCCGCCGACGACGCGUGCUACCAGUGCGGAGUUCGGCGAUGAGGACGAGCAGGUAGAGAAAUUCUACGAGCUGCUGGCCAACAUCCGGGCCUUGAGGGCCAUGCACGCGAGAGGAAGCGGCAACGCAGACGCGAGCACGGACGACACUACCAGUGACAAGGUAUGUGACGGCAUGAGGAAGCGGGCGCGGUGGGCGGAGCAGCCGUGGCGGCCGACAUUCAGGAUCGAGGAUUUCGAGGAGGCGCCAGGCGGCAGCGCGUUCAUGAAGGACACGAGGGACGACGAAGGCGCAGCUACGAGCCGGUGGCCGGGGAAGAAGACGACGGAUGAAGCGGCGGAUGGUGAGAGUGACGACGCGUGAAGGAAAGGCCGUCUGGGCGUCGUCAUGUCGUCUUGAGAGAAGAAAGUUCGACAUUUGUUUGUCCUGAAUCCUGAUGCUGUAGCUGCCUGCGCAUGACACACGUGCGCGCUUUACCAGUCGGUGGACAAUAAGUUGUGGGUCAUGAAUUUCCAUGGAUGAUAAAUUAUCCAUGUUGGAGAUCAAAAUCUUUGUACUAUGAUAUAAUCCUGCGUCGAUGGACACGUUUAAAGCUGUUUUACUUGUUGUAUACUACUAUAGCUUAGUUACAACUUCCUCUAAAAACAAGUUGUUACAAAUCUGCAACCUUUAGGACUAACCAGCAAUAAGGCUAAGGCCAAUUAGAGUGCAAAUUACCUACACUCAGAAGCCAGAAUGGCAAGUUGGUUA